AAUAUGGAAUUUCCAAGGACGCUCUUUAUGAGUCUCCUCUGUAUGCAUUUUACACAGUAACGGAAAAAUAUUGAAUGUUCCACUACCUCUAGAAUGGCCCGGUUAAAGAUUCUCCUUUUUCUUCCUUUUCUUGUGAAAAACUGUACAACUCAAGAAUGGUGGCUUAGUCCGGAAAACGGGCCUACCUGCAAACCUGGGACAUGUGGAGAAAACGAUAAAACGUGUGAGUGCUCACUCACAGUUGAACACAAACUUACCAUGAUGACAUCAAACCCUCCCUUACUAGUUCGACCUAAAAAUGGGGGUCUGUAUCUAUACAAUGAUACACAUUAUAGCUUUCCAUUAUCUGCAGAAAAGAUAUCGGAGGUUAUAACUGGUGAUGGGAAUGGAUCUCGUCUUGUCAUAGCCUUAAAUGGGAAGUUUCCUGGUCCUACAAUUGAAGCCUAUGAAGAUCAGACAAUGAUCAUCCAUGUACGGAAUUUAAUGCACACAGAUUCCACCACAAUACAUUGGCAUGGCAUGCAUCAAAAAGGAACUCCAGAAUCUGACGGGGUGGCCUUUAUCAGCCAGAGUCCUAUAUUACCAGGACAAACAUAUACCUACAAAUUUAGCGCUAAACCUCACGGAAGUAGUUUCUAUCAUGCACACAUUGGCGACCAGCGUAGCAUGGGACUAUAUGGAGGACUUGUAAUAUAUUCCAGAUAUAAGUUCUAUUCACAGCCACAAGUGGGAUUUACAGUUCUUCUACAGGACUGGAAUCAUGACGAUGAGCCGGAGACAUUGUAUCAGCGCAUGAUUAAUGGUGUAUAUGACCUUAGUAAAUUCACACUAAUUGAACCAACUCAGUCGAUUGAUGGUGCCAACUUUAGCAGAUUUCAUACUCAUUCCGCCUUGAUCAACGGAAAAGGGCGCUUUUACGCGGAAACGAGAGACAAGUAUGGCAGAAAAGAAAUCACUCACAAUGGCGCUCCUUUAGAAACUUUUGAAGUGCAAUAUUCAUAUUCGUAUAGGUUUCGUGUUAUAAGCGCUGCAACCUUAUACCCAUUUCGCGUGUACGUUCAAGGUCAUCGUGAACUGAAUAUACGAGCAUCAGACGGCUUUGAAAUUGUUCGUGGCACUGGAAACAACAGCAGGGAUUUGAUUGUGGAGUCCUUUAUCAUUCAUCCCGGUGAAAGGUAUGAUUUUACAGUAAUUGCAAAUCAAAAUCCAGGAACUUAUCUCCUGGUAGCUGAAACAAUUGAAGACCUCUCUAGGAAAUCUCCAUCUGAAUACCAUGCAGCUGAGGCAAUUAUUAGGUAUAAAGGAACAUCUUUAACCUAUCCGAAUAAAGACAGUAGCAAACAGAGUCACUGCACUUACCAAACACCAUGUGUAACAUUUAAUUGUCCAUACCUUUAUUAUCCAAGAGAUAAUUACCGGUUGUGUAUUACGUUUGACGAAGCAAAUAGCAAUGAACAUUUGUCGAAAUACAAGGAAAUACAAACUGUCGACGAGACACUCUUUUUUAAUUUUGCAUUUCCCGGAGAACCAGGCAACACACCAGGCUCAGUCAAUGGGCAUCAGUUUAUUUCUCCCACUUCUUCUAUAUUAACAUAUGAAAAAGAUCUUACGACACAUUGUAGAAAAAGCGAUUGUGGUAAUGAUAAAAUAUGUAGCUGCACCUACAAUGUUGAGCUCUCAUCGGAUAAGAUAUACCAGUUUGUCUUAACUAAUUUGGGAAAUGGAAGAGGGUGGUCCCACCCUGUUCAUCUACAUGGACAUUAUUUUUAUGUCAUGAAAAUGGGAUUUGGAAGCUAUAAUUCGUGGUCAGGAAAAUUUUUGACUUCAACUACUGACAUCGAAUGUAUCGGUUCCAAAAACUAUUGUAAUUCCGCUCGAUGGUCUAACACAAACUGGACAAAUGCUGAUAACUCUAUUCCAGGUCUCCAGUUAAAUUAUCCUCCCGAAAAAGACACAAUUAUUAUUCCAACGGGUGGAUACGUCAUUAUUAGAUUUAAAGCCGACAAUCCUGGUGCCUGGUUUUUCCAUUGCCACAUCGACCUUCAUAACACAAACGGAAUGGGAAUGGUUCUGUUAGAAUCUAAAGACAAGUACCCAAAUAAAGAUCACAGCAGCGGAGGGGAGUCCAUUAGGAAGGAGAGCUAUCACAUUCUUGUUUUGUUUUUGUUCCUUGGAUUGGCUUUCUCGCUGGUUUGAAAAUGUAAAUUCCAAAUAAAAAGGAAGUAUAUUAACACUGACUUAGUAUUAUGGUUGGAGAUAUUUGACUUUGUUUAAGUUUUAUAUUUUGUACAUAAUUGACAAUACAAUAACACGUAAAUGACUUUGAGUGAAUAUAUUGAAGUAUCCAUAGUGUUAUGGAAUAUUUUGGUUAUUUUAUGAUGUUUUAUUGCCCUCAACUAAUUUUAGAAAUGCAUUCUAUUGUGUCAACUUUUAGGUUGAUCUGAGUUGAAGGUUUAGUACAUGUUUUCUUAUCACUUUAUGAUUUUUCUUUGAAUAACUAGGAAUUUGCAACUUGGCAUAUAAUAGUUUUAUGUGAAAGGCUUUUUUGAAAUGGAUGAUUCAAUUAUUUAAAAAAAAAACAGGAAAAAGUCAAAUAUUAUAUAUAAACAUUGACCGGUUGAAGGUUAAAAAGUUGACAUUUUAAGCUAUAACAUGCACGCUACAAUUCGUGAAAAUAAAACGGAAGUAAGGGAAAAUUAACUUGAUUUAAGGUUUCUAUCCAUUGCAUAAUAACUUUGUUUACUGAGAGACACAAAUAUUAAUCACACAAAUAUUUUAAUUUAUGUUCAUGCGGGUUUUUUUCAGCUGAAUAACAAGUAAACACUCCGUACAAAUACUUAAAAACUAAUUUAAAUCAUACUUGAUAUGUAUAGGGUGAGUGAUGUUUUAAAUUGUAAAUAACCCCCAAUUAUAAUUUGUAUAAACAGUGUAAAUAUUGAUAAAUACGUCUUUACUAGGCAUAUAUUAAAAAAAAAACCCAGAGAAAACCCCAAAACAAAACGAAACGAAAAAUAGCAAACAAAACAAAACAAAACAAAAACACAACAAAUAAGUGUUAUAUAAGGAUUGGAUAUACCUAUAUGUAUCUUUUGUCUAUUUUAUGAUCCCAGAGUCAGUGUUCUUGUGCAUUAAAGACUAUGUAGUGAAAAUGAGUAUAUUCAAUGUCUUUUUUUCUCAUUGGCGCAAAGUUUAUAGGCGAUGAUCAGGUAAUCAUUACAAAAUUUUAUAACCCCGAAAUCAGGGUUCGGACGUGAACGUGAAGCUGUGUCGUAAAAUUAAAAAAAAGAUUGUACAAUGAAAUUUGAAAUAUUCUAGAUUAAGACAAAAAUAAUUGAAUUCUGGUUGUAACGCGCUUUCUGAUUGGCAUAAAAUUAUUUUAUAUCGUAUAAAGAAUGUUGCCUACGUCAUAGUAAGACUAACGUGAAAACGUUUCAAUACGCCUGACGUUACGUUCGAAUUUUGUACAAUUCUACGUCAUUUUAAAGGUCAAAUGACCGUUUUAUUC